UCCAAGCCCAGGCCUAGAGAAGAGGUCCUGCCUGACCAACCGUCUGUCUUCAGGUCGCGGGGUGCCCUCCGCAUGAGUGGCAGGGCCACCAUCAGAGUUUUAGUUAUUCCUGUCAUUUAUUCGCCAUUUUAUAAAGGUAACCAGUAAAGAAAAAAAAAUCCCAAACACUAUGUCUGGUGAAGUUUUCAGCACAACUUUGGCAUAUACAAAGAGUCCAAAAGUCACCAAAAGAACUACUUUUCAGGAUGAACUAAUAAAAGCAAUUACAGCUCGCUCAGCCAGACAAAGGAGUUCUGAAUAUUCAGAUGAGUUUGACAGCGAUGAGAUUGUUUCCUUAGGUGAUUUUUCUGACAUCUCCAUAGAUGAAAAUUCAGUUAAGAAAACAAUAAAUGAUUUCCACAUGUCAGAUGAUGAACAAAAGAAUUCUCUGAAACUGUCUUUUUUGAAAACCAAGAAACCAAACAGUGAUGCGAUGAAAGAUGGGCCCUCAUUCUCCAUCAGAAAUGAUGAGGAAACGGCAGCUGAUGGUUGUGGGCAGAGGGCUGUAAAUCCCGCGUCUGAAUCUCAAAAUGAAGAUCAGCACAUUGAAGAAGAGAAAAUCAAAAUGAAACCUAAACCCAGAAUUCUUUCAAUCAGAAACACAUCUUCAGAAAACAGCAACAGCCAUGAAGCAGAAGAACGCAUCACACCUUUACCUCGGCCAAGGAGCAUGUUGAAAAAGCAGAGCCUCAGGGAGGAAAAAGAUGGACAAGGAGAAGAGAAAGAAACUGCCCUCCCUGAAGAAUUAGAGGCACAUUCUGCACCUUUGUCCCUCCCGGGGUCAAAUGACAGACAACUAGAAGCUGAGAAAAAAACAAUCUCCGGAAACCUUGAUCCUGAGGAUCCAUGGUUAACAAGUUUAUCAUCAUCGUCCCUUAAAGAAAGCCUCGGAGAUUCCUUUUCACCAGGAUCUGGAGAGAAAACAUCUCUAAAAGAUCAGAAUGAAGAAUUCACUGAAAACCAGUCCUUGAAAUCAGCCGAAAAUGAAGACAAUUCACUUCUGAUAGACUGUGUUACCACUUCACUUGAGGAAUCCAAGGAAGGGCAAGUAACUACGGGUGACCUUGAGGGAAAAACAGAGAAAGCUGAACUGAUUAUGAGUGAUGACUUAACAGACGAUCUACGGCUAUCUCAACGCACCUUAACAUCUGCCAAUGCAACUGAGUCUGCAAAGAAAACAAUUGAAGAUAGAAAUACGAAGAAUAAAAAGUCAACAAAUAAUAGAGCAUCCAGUGCCUCAGGCAGAUUAAUGACCUCUGAGUUUUUAAAGAACUCUAGUUCUAUAAGGAGAACUCCAUCAAAAACUACCUCUUCUCAGUAUUUAGGCACUUUGAAAAUCUUGGACCAAAAGCCCUCCCAGAAACAGAAUAUAGAACCUGAGAAAGCAGAUGACAUCAGGGCAGCUGUUUAUCAGGAGUGGUUAGAAAAGAAAAAUGCAUAUAUACAUGAAAAGCACAGAAUUAAAAGGAUUGAAAGUGAAAACUUAAGGAUCCAAAAUGAACAGAAAAGAGCUGCUAAGAGAGAAGAAGCCUUAGCAUCAUUUGAGGCCUGGAAGGCUAUGAAGGAAAAGGAAGCUAAGAAGAUAGCUGCAAAAAAAAGGCUUGAGGAGAAAAACAAGAAGAAAACUGAAGAAGAAAAUGCCGCAAGGAAAGAAGAAGCACAACAAGCUUUUGAAAGAUGGAAGGAAAAAAAGAUGGAAUAUCUUAAAGAGAAAAAUAAAAAGGAGAAGGAAUAUGAACGAGCAAAGAAGCAGAAGGAGGAGGAAAGUGUUGCUGAGAAAAGGAAAGACAACCUAACUGCUGUGGAAAAAUGGAGUGAAAGAAAGGAAGCUUUUUUCAAAGAAAAGAGAAAAGAGAAGAUAAGUGAGAAAAGAAAAGAAGAACGGAAAAAAUCUGAGAAAAAAGAUAAAGAUAAACAAGCUAUUGAUGAAUAUGAAAAAUGGCUGGAAAAGAAAGAAAGGCAGGAAAGAAUUGAACGAAAAGGAAAAAAACGUCAUUCCUUUCUUGAAAAUGAGGCACUUCCUCCAUGGAACCCUCCAAGCAGAACUGUGUUCUCAAAAGUGUUUUGAUAAUUUUGCUUCUUAAAUUAUUUAGUUAUUAAUUCAACAAUGUUAGCCAAGGUUCAAAACUAUUUAUUCUGUUAUUUAUAGUUUGAAUAGUCUAUUUUAAUUAAAUGCCAGUCACUUCUGCUGAUCAUGGAAAAGAUACUUCGGAGCUUAGUCAGCGAAAGCACUGAAAGCAUAUUUUGAACUGCAGAUCAACUGCCUGAAGUGAAGGCAAAUCAUCAGAUUGCUCUUACCUUGAAAAUACAUAAACCUUUAUCAUGUCCUGGUGGUUCUUACAGUCAGAGGAUCAGCGAUCACUUUCUAUGCUGUGUGUGUUAUGUUUAUUCCCAAUAAUAAAAAGGAAACCUAAGUUUAGGUUUCCUGUACCUA